AUGAAAAAGUUUAUGAUUGAAACAUGCAUUUUUGCUAAAAAUAAUGUAUCAUUUUUUGAUAUUAAGUUUUUUCCAGAAAAAACAGCAAAAAAUGAAGAUAUAUUUGCAAUUGUAGGAAAUAAAACAAUUAUUAUAGGGAAAACAAAUGGAAAUAAAAUUUCAGUUUUAUCUACAUAUCAUGAUCUAAACGAAGAAGAAAACCUAUGUUGUUGUGCAUGGACUAUAGAAAAUAAUACAGAUAAACCAUUAUUAUGUGUUGCGGGAGCAUCAGGUGUAAUUAAAAUUAUAGAUAUAUAUUCAGGAAAAGUAUCAAAAGUACUAAAAGGGCAUGGAGAUGAAAUUCUAGAUAUUAAGGUCUCUCCAAUAAAUUCAUCUAUUGUUGCAACAGCAUCUUUUGAUCAUACUAUUCGUAUAUGGUCACUUAUGGAAGAAAAUAGCUCACAACCUACAUUAGUAUCGUGUGGAGGAGAAGGAGGUCAUGAUGAUCGGGUUUUAACAAUUGCAUUUCAUAGCUCAGCUAAAUACAUACUUUCUGGAGGAAUGGAUCAUUCUAUAAAAAUAUGGACAGUGCCUACUUUUUUAAAAACAAAUAAAGCAGAAGAAUAUUAUAAAAUUCGAGAUAACAUGAUUUUUUUACCAUAUCCUCAUUUUUCUACAACUGCAAUACAUACAAAUUAUGUGGAUUGUGUAGAAUUUUACGGAGAUCUUAUCUUUUCUAAGUCAGCAGAGGAAGGCAAAAUUAUCCUUUGGAAAAUUCUUGGAUUUGAUAGUAAAGCAGACCCUCCUCGUCCAGAAUGUGCUCCAACAACUUAUGAAUGGUCAGAAACAAGAAGCUUUUUUGGAAGUGGACUUCAAAAACUAUUACAAUUUAUGGUUCUAGAUUGCAAUCCAUGGUUUAUGCGUUUUAGUGUUUGGAAUUCAUUGGAUACUAAAAACAAAUUCCAAACACUUUUAACAAUUGGAAAUUUUAAAGCAAAAAUAUUUAUAUGGGAGAUAUCAGAAAAUAUUGACUAUAAAGAUCCAUAUACACUAAUUAAACCUCAAAUUGUAUUAACUAUCCCCAAAACAUCUACAGCUAUUCGACAACUUUCAAUCAAUAAUGAUGGUUCUUAUUUAAUAGCUGUUGGUGAUAUGGGAUUAAUUGCUUUAUUUAAAGCUCAAAUAUAA